UUUCUUCUUCUGUGUAAUUUUUCGGUUUGGAAAAUUUUAUUACAAUGCUAUAAACAGUCCAGAUAAUAAUAAUAAAUUGAAAUGUGUGAUACGAAGCUAGAAAAGACUAGCUCUACGUCGGCGCAACUUCCGCUGGUACUAUCUGCAUGGCUCAGGUGUUGGUGCAACUUUUUAAAUAAACACUGAAUGAGAUUUACUGUUUAAAAUAAUUAGAAAAAAUGCCUCCCAAGGGAAAGAAAGCUGAGCCAGGCAAGAAAACUGUCGAAAAACAAAAAGAAAAGAUUAUCGAGGACAAAACAUUUGGACUCAAAAAUAAAAAAGGCAGUAAACAACAGAAGUUCAUUAAAAAUGUCACACAGCAAGUGAAACAGGGUAACCAGAAGGCUUCACGGUUGGAGCAGUUGGAGAGAUCAGAUAAGGAUAAGAAAAAAGAGGAAAAAAAGAAACAGCAGGAAGAGCUGAAUGUUCUGUUCAAACCGGUCCAGACUGUAUCCAAAGGUACAGAUCCCAAGUCUGUGCUUUGUGCCUUUUUCAAACAAGGACAAUGCAGCAAAGGUGACAAGUGCAAGUUUUCUCAUGACCUUGCAAUAGAGAGGAAAUCAGAAAAGAGAAGUGUUUAUGAUGAUGCCAGAGAAGAAGAUUUGAUGGAAAACUGGGAUGAAGAAAAAUUAAAUGAAGUCAUCAACAAAAAACAUGGAGAGUCUGAGAAGACAAAACCAAAAACAGCUAUUAUCUGCAAGCAUUUUCUGGAAGCAGUGGAAAACAGCAAGUAUGGAUGGUUCUGGAGCUGUCCGAAUGGAGAAAAAUGCAUAUAUCGUCAUGCUUUGCCUCCAGGUUUUGCUUUGAAGAAAGACUUAAAGAAAGAAGAAAAGGAAGAUCUAAUUUCCUUGGAGGAACUGAUUGAGAAGGAGCGGGCUGCUCUUGGCUUUAAUGUCACAAAAGUAACUUUGGAGACCUUUUUAGCAUGGAAAGAAAAGAAGAAAAAAGAGAAGAUAGCAGCCAUACAGGCAGAACAAGAGAAGAAAAAGGCAGACUAUAAAGCUGGCAGGCUAAUAGGAAUUAGUGGUCGCCAAAUGUUUGAGUUUAAUCCAGAUCUUAUCGCUGAUGAUGAUCAAGAUGAUGCAGACGUGGGUGUUGUGAUGCAAGACAGAGAAGAGGAGGAGGAGGAGGACUCAGGACCUGUAAUAGAAAUCUCACUGGAGACCCUGCUGGAGCAGAUAUCACAGGUGGACAGCACAGGAACGCAGGCACCAUUAAACCGAUGGGUAACUGCUGCUGAAGGCUCUGGUAACACAGAAGUGGAUAAACUUGAUGAGGCAGCAGCUAUCUUAUCACCAUCUAUCAACCUAGCAGUACAAGCACAAAUAGAAACAGAUGCAGAAAUCGCCAUGGCUGUGUCGGCAACAGUAAAUGGAGAUCUAGAAACUGAUAUACCAAUUGAUGAAGACUUGUUUGAUGGCGAUGACAUUGACCAAGUAGAAGAGGAUUUAGAGACCUUGGAAAUGGAUGAUUGAUUUCAGUUAUGGUUUGGACAUCUUGACUCCUGCAGGCUGUCAGUGCAAAGCUAACUUGAUGUUCCUUGGCUGACUUAAGACCUAACCUUCUGGUGUGAUCUUAUGAAUGAUUUGAAAUAUCAAGCCAUGGGGGGUGUGCUUCUAAUUGGAAAACCAAUAUUUCUUCUCCAUCAUUUAAAAGCCACUGUAACUUAAAGAAAAGAAAAGCUGUCACAACUUCUGCAAUUAAAGUUGCUUGUGAAAAGGAGGAAUAUUUUAAGGAUUUUAAAAUUCUGCUGCCUUGAAAAUUGCAUAUUCCCUACAAUAGAAGUACAUGUACAGGCUAAAGAGUUGCAUUAAUUGAAUAGUGUUUUCAUUUCAUUUUUUUUAAAGCACAAUUUUUUUUACAGCUGUAGCUGUCUCAAAUUGGUGGAAAACAAUGAAGGCAUUCAUUCUUCCAUUUUAUGAAAUGCGUAAAAGUAAAUUAAUCUUGGAAGAUCAUUCAGUAAACUAUCUUAUAUUUGUUAAAUGAAACCUUGGCUACGACAUUUAUAAAAUCACAUCGGUGCUUGGCUUUCAUCUUCCAGAACUGUCACUUGGGAUAUGGGGUCAUCUGAUCACUUUUUCAGACUAAGCUUUCACUGAGGGAGAGCCAUUGUGAUUGCAAACGUAAGAAAAUGGAAGAGGAAUUUUCCAUGUUGCAUUUCUAGGCUGGUUCAUAUCCUUUUGAUAUUCUCUUGAACAAACUAUUUUAGCAUGGAUGUGAUGAUAAAUGACGUGUGACAUGGGUGAACAGUCUGUAUAGUAAUAUUUGAUGUUUUACGCUGAGCCAGCAACUAUAUAAGGCUAUAUCAUAGCAAGGCAGCCAGCCCUGAAACAGAUUCCACAUGCAGAGAGAACAGCGUGCCCGAGACGAGAGCUAAACCCAGGACAACCAACCCUCACAUUAUUGGUGACAGAUACUAACCAUUGCACCACUGGACCACCCAGAGUAAUAUUGGGGAAGCAGAUAACCAAGUGGUUAGAGUGCUGGUGUCCAAACCCAUAAAUGUGCCGGUUUGAUACCUGUGGCACAAUGAGCAUUCCCUUUUCAAGCUGUCAGGAAUGGGUCCCGUACUUCAGAGACUUGGGGAAGGUAAAACAGUGAGGGAGAGGAAAUGGCACUGCCCUUACAAAAAGCUGGCCUCGAGAAAAGUGUGGUCUUUAACACCUCACUCUAAACAACUGAGGAAUUAGGUGGCAACGUUUACCUUCUACAGUGAUAUAACUUUUCUUUUGUCGUUGUCUUUUACUGACAAGUGAAACUACUACUAGAAAGAAAAAUUUAAAAUAAAA